CGAGCUCUUGCCAGAGUGGGAAACGAUCGCAAUCCACUCGUAAUAGAAAUAAGGAACAGGCUAAUUUCAGCCGCAAAACGGAAAAAGAAAAUAAUACUAUGCUGGGUUCCUUCACAUGUCGGAAUUGCCGGAAAUGAGGAUGCUGACAGAGCAGCAAGUACUGCUAAGGAUCGAGAAGUCGACCUGUGGAAAAUACCUUACAGAGACUAUAGGCAUGUUCUGAAAUUUUCCAUAAGACGCAAGUGGCAAGAGAAAUGGGACCGAGAAAUAAACAAUAAGUUGCGCGCAGUAAAACCACUACUUCAGGAAUGGGAGAGUGCACGUCACCGCGAGCGUUUUUAUGAGGUGGUUUUGUGCCGACUGCGAAUUGGUCAUACCCGUCUAACCCAUGGGCAUCUUUUGCGUGGGGAGGAUGCUCCGGAGUGUGAACACUGCUACAUUCCGUUAAGCAUCCUACAUAUCUUACUUGUAUGCCCUUUGUAUGACCAAGAACGCCACAGACACUUUGCUAAGGUUUACCAAGAGCAUACACCAUUACAUCUCGCCCUUUUACUCAGUGAUGAGCCGUUGAUUCCACACAAGUGUGUUUUCAACUUUCUUAAGGAUAUAAGACUCCUGGACCAGCUAUAA